GCACAACAACAAUUUUUGCAUGUGCAAUAUUUUCUCAAAAUUUCCUAAAUAACAUUACAAGGUGACGUCAACAUUCCAUUUCAUCACUCACUGCUAUUCAGCUUUUUGCCUUGCCCACUUGUUUACAGAGAAGAGUAUUAUCGGCUUACGUCCUGACCCGCCCACUCGGGACUCCUUAGCCAACCAACUCGGAGCAAGUGAUUCGUGCGAAAUGACGAAAGGCAACUUUGGGAUGACCGAAACUGGGACAGUCAAGACAACAUCUCAACUUCAGUCAACUGCAUUCUCUUUUUAUUUACACUCAUGGAUUUGUUGUCGCUGAAUCGAACGCUUACCCAUGUUUUGAUUCAUUUUUUAUGAAAUGCCGGGAAAGUUUAAAUUAUUAACAAUCUGUAUGAGGCCCAAUCGAGAUAGUUCUACGAGGCGAUCCCGCUCGGUUUCCCCACACUUUUUUCGACCUCCGCCGUCACCGAUCAAAACAAGCUCAACGCCCUGUACGAAAUGCGCGAGCAAUGGAGCGGCGGCUGCUACGGGAUUCUCCACUGGUGAGAAGCCGUCUGCUCCACUCUCAGCUGUUGUUCACCCAAAAGUUCGUCAACCUCUUCGAUCCAACGACAAGAUGGCGGCGCCCACGAGAGUUAUACUUCUGGCUUGCGGGUCGUAUAACCCGAUUACAAAUAUGCAUAUGAGAAUGUUUGAGAUAGCCAGAGAUUAUUUGCAUCAUACAGGGAAAUUUCAGGUCAUUGGUGGCAUUUUAUCUCCAGUUAAUGAUGGAUACAAAAAACAGGGCCUAAUAUCAAGCAAGCAUCGUAUUGAAAUGUGUAAAAUGGCUGUCGAGAAUUCUGAUUGGUUGAAAGUAGACACAUGGGAGGCGGAGCAACCCAACUGGUUAACAACUGUCAAGGUUCUGACCCACUUUGACAGUGAGCUUAAUAGCAACAAAGUCAACAACAAUCCUGAGCCAGAGUUACCCCUCCCACCCCGAUGUCUGACCACACCCACUAGAAGAGGCACUAAAAGAAGACGGAACCUCCGAAAGAAUGAGCCACCUGUCUCAAAUGGUAUGUUUCUUGUCAGGUGUUUGUAGCAAAGCCUCAGAAUUUAUAUUUCUUUUUACUUAAUGUAUAUUGUACAGAAUUACAAGUUGAUACAAAGAGAACCAAUGUGAAUUAAUGCAUUUUAGAAACAAGCAAUUAGGAUACAACAGUUGCCUGAAAAAAUGAUUUUUUGUUUCAAAUCUUGACAAAUUUAUUAAAUGCCUAUAAUAUUUAAUCAGUGUCUUGCCCUUCCUAUCAUCUGUCAGAUCAGAAUCACCAUUAUGCCUCUGUCAUAAAGUAAUAUAACCAUCUUAUGUUUUAAUGAAUUAUAUGUCCUGAUAGCACUGGUGGAUCCAGGGGGAGCACAGCUGGCCCGUGUCUCCCCUUUUUGAGAGGCACAAUUAAAAUUUGUUAAGUAUAAAUGCCGUUAAAACAGAAGUGUGCCCCCUUUUUUUGCUUGUCAAUUUUUUUUGUGGACAAAAAGUCCUUAUUUUUUGGUUGAAAACCUUUUUUUUUUACUUGUAAAAUUUUUCCUUGGGAAAAUGUGCCCCCCCCCCUGGAUCUGCCCCUGCUUAAUAGAUUGUACAAUGGGUGAAAAUGUAAAGUUCUUUUCCUUUGAGCAACUGAAUGAUACCUUUUAUGCAACUUUUUCACAGAGAAAAAACUAUUUGUAGAGAUAGAAAUUGGAAAGAGAAAGCGAGAGACAGGUACCAAAUGAUCCUUAAUUUGAAAGAAUGAAUUGGUGAAAUACAUUUGUUUGCAGUGUUCAUGCAGUGAUGCAUGACUGAAUGAAUGAAGGUUUUAUCAGACAAUCAAAUGGAAGAAGAAAAAUCCCCAAAAGAGCAAACUACCGUUUAAAAAAAAGAAUAUGAGUUUGAGAAUGGUAUACAGUGCCUUCCUACCUCUUUUUGCAAUGCCAUCAAGAAAUGAUAUAACAUUUAUGUUAAAAGUGCUGGCAAUAGCGUCCUGGUUUUAUCUCAGUUAAAGUGAUUAGGCACCGACAGAUUUAAGUUCAGUACUAAUAUUUUAAUUCAGUAAAUGUAAUGUCUUGCCAAAUGAUGCUAUUUGUAGUUGUAGUGCUGUGGUGAGAUUCAAAAUCUGGAGACAAAAAGUAUCCCUCGAUUCACACUCGAGAACUCUGCUAUUUUUGUGAAGCUGGGAUUGCAUUUUUGAUGCUUGAAUUUGGACAGUAAAUGCCCUUUUGGUGUCAAAGGUUUAUGAAUAUCUACAUGUAAGACCUGAUAUUACUUUCUACAAAUCAUUUACACAUGAAAUUUUGCAAUGGGAAGUGUGAUGCAGUUUUAUAUGUGUUGUGUGAACUGGGCUUAACCCCCCCCCCCCCAUCCAUUCUACUAAUGAAGUACCAGUCAUGAUCCCUUUUAAUGAUCACUAGGCCCCUUGCUCAUGAUGUAUUUUUUGCUCAGGGGAAUGCCUCCAUUUAGGGGUUCAUCGAUACUUGUAACCAUUCUUCAUAUUUUCUUUUUAGUACCAUAAUAAACAAAAAUGGGAUGCGGUUAAAAGCAGACAUUAUCUACAUGUACUUGCGCUUGUAGUGUAAUUAUAGGUAUUUUGGUGAUGAAAGUCAUCGGAAGCAAUGAAUUAUUCAGACGGGUGUAUAAAGAAGAAGAGGAGAGGAAAGAGGAAGUGGAUGAGAGAAGGAUGAGUAGAAUAAAGAGGGGGAGAAUGAAGAUUAUUGGUAUGAGGGAUGAACAACAAAAUCUUCAAAAUUUUAGGGGUCUAGGGGAUGCAUGGAAUUGUUGAGUAUGAUGUGCUUGAAUUCUUGACUGAUUUUGUACAUGCUGGAUUGUAAAAAAGGUAUAAAGUUCAAACAAAUGACAACUUUUUAAUUGUGCUACUGUACCUCCUUUCUGUUUGAGGAUGCCUGUGAUGUAACAUUAAGAUGAAACCUAUAUGUAGUUACAAAUGCUAAUCAACAAACUAAUACACUAAUAUGAAGUCCUCUAAAAUAUGGCUUCUUUAAUUCUUUAAUCUUUCUUUGUAGUCAGUCAACUUACAUGUAACAGACCAUGCUUGGUAUUUAAAAUUAGUAGGAUUAAAGUAUUCUGUUAAUGACAUAAAAGGAAUUUUGAUAAAGUACUUUGAAGAUUGUUCCUUCCCUUAAAUGGAAAUAUUUUGAAUGCUACUUUUCUGUUUCUUAGAUUCAAACUUUUUGAAUGGAUACAUAAAACUCAUUUUCCUUUGGAUUAAGUCAAUGAAUGUACAAGGAUAUUUUUACAAUGCAAACCAGUGCUAGGAUUUGACCAAUCAUUCCACAUCAUGAUAGAGUUACAAACCACAUGCACCCGAGAAUGCAAUAUGCAAAUCAAACUGCAGUGAAUGACCAGACUAGUUGUAUUUAAAGGUCUUCUGAUCAGUAAGCUGUAUUAUCACAUAAUGCAAAUCCUUGCAAAUUCGCUGAUCCAUUUUAUGUCAUAACCCUGCUGUGGCCUCUAAACAUCAGACUACCUGUUGUCAAGUUACAACUGGUAAGGGUCAAGAAAUAAGGAAGCAAAGGAUUGCAUCAGAGUGUCGUAUUCAAGUAAUUUGCAAUGCCGCCCCCAUAUCGAGGCUAAUGCAUCCACUAGCUCUACUAAAGAAUCAAGCAAAUUGGACUGUUGUCAUUAAUCAAGACACUCAUUCAUUUCCCCUGAAUUUGUUCCAGACGUUGCUUUGCUUAAAUCACAUUGCGUCACUAAAAACACAUUAUCUCACUAAAAACACAUUACCGGUGCUUUCAGAAGAGAGUUGGGAUAUAAAUAGUUGAAUCACAGUUACCAAAGGCGCAAAGCAAAAAAGGCCAUUUUGCAAAUAUAAACGACUUUCCUAUUUGCUGAAGAUAACAUUUACAGGGAUUUUGUGGCAAACAAGGUAAAAAGUCAUCUGUCAUAUACAUACUUGUACAAUAUAAAGAAAAGUAUGACUUUGUGCAUAUCUACUGUCCUGUGGUAAAAAUACUGAACACACGUGUAUGUAAAGUUAGGUUCAUAAUUUGUAAAUGAAAGGCAGGAGAAUAGUUCAUUAAUCUUAUAUUCUUAUUUUUAAAACUAGAUUAUAAAAUUUCACUAUUCACAGUCAUCCUUAUUGUAUAUUUUCCUUUAAGUUUUCUUAAUCAUAUUUUCAUGAUAUUUUUCAUUAUACUGUAGCCAGAGUCUAGUCAUGAUAAUUAGUUGAUCAAACUGGACCCUUGUUUAUGCUACCAUUUAUUAAGUUGAUUUCAUCAACAAUAUUAAUGAUUUAAAAUAGUGAAUAAGAAUAUUGUUUACAAGAGGUGGGUAAACAUGAUCUGUCUUGUGGCAUAUCAUGUGUGGAUGUGCAUCAGAGUGCGAUUGAUUUUUCUUUCGUAGAGUUAGGAUAUGCCACAUACAUUUCUCUCUCACCGUUCAGUCCUUGUAUUAUCAUCUAGCCGCACUCACCGAGCGUAGAGAGAUCAAUCGAUUGGCGAUGCGUCGUGUGGUCUGAGGUUUCCUCCAAUAAUGAAGCCUUGAAAUGCAGGAAGGGCCCCCAAUGGAAGAAUAAAUUAAUUGAAUAAUUUGAAUUGAUUUUUUGCUUUGUGAUUGUCCUUUGUGUAUAUAUUGGAUAAGUUGAUUUGAUAUUAAAUAGACAAGGGAAUAAAGGAUUUCUCAAAGAGUUUUUUAAAUUAUUUUACUGGUACAAAGAAAAUAAAGAUUGGACUUUCAAGUAAUCAAAUUAAUUAAGACCUAUUAACUCACUUGACUGAUUCUUUGUUCAAAAGAAUUGUAGUUUGCCUGAUGAUUUUUUUGUUUUCUAAUUGUGAAGAAGUUAUACAUUUGUGUACAUGUAGUAUU